AUGUCUGAAUUGAUUGUGCCAUCAUCGCCUGGCGACGUCACAAAGCAUGCGCUCUCCCGGACUCCUAUCGCAGUAGUGUCUAUCCCGAGUCCCGAAUCCUCGUCCCUUCCCAUCGCCCUCCUUCUUUUCUCUCUCUCCCUCAAACUUCUUCUGUUUCCUGCCCACUUCAGCACUGAUUUCGAGGUCCACCGCCAUUGGAAGGCCCUCACCCACACCCUUCCCCUUUCGCAGUGGUAUGUCGACACCUCUUCAAAAUGGACUCUCGAUUAUCCCCCGCUUUUCGCGUAUUUCGAAUACGUUCAGUCCUGCAUCGCUGCCUUUUUCCAUCCUCCUUUAGUCGAUCUUGACAAUCACAACUACGCAACCAAGCCUGUCGUGUCUUUUAUGCGCUCAUCGGUGCUCGUACCAGAAGUGCUCUUAUUUAUCUCAACAAAACUUCUGGUCUCUUCCGUAGCAACUGAAAAGGCACGCCACAAAGGAGGACUCGCAAAGGCCGUCGGACUCGUUCUUCUUGCGCCAGGCCUAACGCUGGUCGAUAACAUUCAUUUUCAGUACAAUAGCCUCCCUAUUGCCGUCUUAAUGCUGUCUCUUGCUUUCUUCUAUUCGGGCAGACUAUCUAGCGGUGCAAUAGCUUUCGUUGCAGCACUUAAUAUCAAACACACUUUGCUCCCUACCGCCCCAGUAGUCGCCAUAUACAUUCUCGCCGCUAUUCACAAGACGUCUCCAAAAGCAUCCGACUGCGUCAUUCGCCUGUUCACGAUUGCCCUGGCAACGAUUUUAACUCUGACUGCGCUGUGGGCACCGCUUUACUUUGCAGGCGGAACAGACCUACUUGCACAGGUCAUGUCACGCCUGUUUCCCUUCGAUCGCGGCUUGUUACAUGCAUAUUGGGCGCCAAACUUCUGGGCCCUCUACGCCACAGCCGACAAGCUGCUGGUCUCGUUUGGGCUUUCGCUGCGCACAGUGGACGUAGACCCGACCACAGGGCACAUCGGCGGUCGGACGCCGUUUGCCGUGUUGUGGAACCCAACACCUAUGAUUUGUGCGACAGCGUUGCUUGCUUCGUUAAUUCCCGCGCUUCUCCACUUAUCAAGAAGGCCAGAUCAGCUUCUUCUGGCGACCGCCCACGCAACGCUCGCCGCUUUCUCUAUUGGAUGGCACGUUCAUGAGAAAGCUGUCCUCGUCCCGCUUCUUCCGCUAGCAGCGUUGGCAGGUAUCACUGACAACACCGCAGUGAAGGAAGCAUUUCUAUGGCUUUCACUAGGCGGCCAGUUUGCGCUCUUUCCCCUUGUACAGGAAAAAGGCGAGAGUAUGUUUAAGAUCGCGCACUUCAUUGCCUACCACGUUUCUGCUAUGCAGACUUUGAUGACUGAUAAAUGGUCGUUGAGGCAUUCGAUGCUUUCGCUCUACGCAGCCGGAACUAUACUGUUGGAACUUUAUGCAGGGUUUGGCGGGGUGCAUAGAGCUCUAUUCGGCGAGCGAUUGCAGUUUCUGCCGCUUCUACUGGUGUCUGUCUAUGGUGCGAUUGGCGUUCUGGUUGCCUUUUUUAUGAUCACAUUGCUCACUUACGGUAUGGCCGACGGGCGAAACGCUAGUUCGAAUUAGGAUAAGAAAUAAAAAUCGUGAGCCAAUGUGCUUCCUGCUUCU